GGCUUCUUUGUCCCGUCUGAAAACGGUCUCACACUGCUGUUGUUUUCCCGGUUUUCCGGCGUUUCAUAUCCCAGGAUCGGAGGAUCCGAGUCUAGGACAGCGAAGCAUGCAACGAUCACGUGCCAGCAGCACCAGCAGUGGCCGCCUGCCGGCUCCCCCGCCAAUGGGACUGCCCCAGCCGCAGGCACAGCCCCUGGAGGCGCCUAAGAUCAUCGUGAUCCAUCCGGGAUCACAGCAUCUGAGGAUCGGCAGGGCGGCCGACUUGAAUCCGCUGACCCUGCUCCAUGCGGUGGCCUACCGGCGGCGUCAGGGGGUCACAACUGGAGACCAUCCGCAUCAUGAUCCCCUUCUGCCGCCGCUGGACAACGUCAAUACAGCCAUGAUGGUGGAUUUCGAGGAGCAGCGCCUGGCGGUGUCGCGCAUCCUGCAGCACUGCGUCGUCGAUGAAAAGAAUCGCCUCCGGGUAGCCACACCACCGCAGCAGCUGGCCCACUUCAACCGGAGCAGCCAGGCCGAGAAGGUGCCGCCGCCAAGUGGCCAGCCUGCAGAGGAUCCCUGGCUGGACCGCCAGGCGCCCGUCCUCUUCGACGACAAGAUCCUGCGACUCAGCGCCCUCGAUGCCCGGGACUACGACAUUAAUUUUCCCAUGCAAAGGGGCGAGCUGAAUGUGCAUAAGGCGAAGGGCGGCUCGCUGCAGGCCAGUCUGCAGCAUUUGGAGCGCAUCUGGUCGUACGCCCUGGAGGCCCGCCUAAAGAUCCCGCUGCGUGAACUGGGCACCCACUGCGCCGUUUUGGUGGUCAACGAUGUCUAUGUGCGGCGGCAUUUGCGCGAGUUCAUGACCCUGCUGCUGCAGCGCUUGGGCUUCCGGCGCUGCUUCCUCGUCCAGGACAGCGUGGCCUCCACCUAUGGCGCCGGCAUUGGCUACGGCUGUGUGGUGGACAUUGGGGCGCAGAAGACCUCCAUCGCCUGCAUCGAGGACGGCAUUUCCCAGCUGGAUGCGAGGGUGAGACUGCCUUACGGCGGCGGCGACCUGGACCAGGUGCUCCUUUUGCUGCUGCGCAAGUGCGGCUUUCCCUACCGCGAGUGCAACGUCCAGGACAGCUAUGUGGAUGCCCAUCUACUGGAUGAGCUCAAGGAGAAGUUCUGUCAUCUGAAUGCCAGCGUUUGUGGCGCUCAGGAGAAGCACUUCAAUCUGCGCAAGCAGAACGGUCAGUGGCUGCGCUACACCAUACAGGUCGGGGAUGAGGCCAUCAUGGCACCCCUGGCCCUCUUCCACACGGAGCUCCUAAACAUCACGGGCCGCACGAGAGCGGUUUGCACUCAACUGGCGGCGCAGGAGCAGUACGACUGCGAGGACUGCUUCGAUGCGGAGUAUCUCAAGGAGACGGGCCGGAAGAAUGGUGUAAAGGGUGGCGAUAACAUGCUCUUAGGCCCCGGAUCCCAGCCACGCCCUCAUCUGCCCGUGACCGCUGACGACGAGGAGCUGAUAGUGGUGGAUCAGGACGAAGCCAACAGCAACUGCCCGCCACCGCAGGCAGGGCAUCCAAACACGAAUGGCAGCUACCACAACGCCCAGGGACAAGUGUUGCCGCUGGACCAGGCCGUAAUCCGAGCCAUCAACCGGCUGUCCAGCUACGAGACGAAGCGCAAGAUGUUCGGCUCCAUUCUGCUCGUGGGCAGCAGUGCCAAGCUACCGGGCCUGGCCGCCUGGCUGGAGCACCGUAUUAGCCAGCAGAUUCAGCCCUCCGACACCGAGGUGAACGUCUUCACCAAGGGCAUGGACGCGGGCAUGGUGGCGUGGAAGGGAGCGGCCAUUAUGUCCGUGCUGGAGAGUGCCCGCGAACUGUGGAUAUCGCAACACGACUGGCAGCGUUACGGACUACGGAUACUCCGCGAGCGAUCGCCCUUCCUCUGGUGAGAUGCCACCAACCCACGCCCAUUGCAUUUCGAAUAUGUUUAGGGAACUUGUAAUUGUUAAUAGUAGAGUGCAGUCGAAGUGAAUAUAGGAGUAGCGUAGGAUCAGCAGGAGGCCAAAGUGCCCACCAAGGCGUUAAUUGUCCUCAAGAAAACCUUAGAUUCAUGUCAUAAAAAAUAGUAUUUGUUUGUUUUAAGGCACUUCAACCAAAUACGCAAUAUAAAUUCGGGCCCCUGAGCCUGUUUUUGUUCAGCUCGCUUGUGUAUUUGGAACUAUAUUAUUUUGUAUCAGAGAUUAGGUAAACAAAUUCAGAGUCCAGCGAUAAGUGCAGUAUAUACGCAAAUUUAACGAUUGCCAAAAAAAUAAUAAACAAAACAAAGAAGAAUAAA